AUUAUUAUAGAACCAGAGGGAAGUAACCCAUAUGGGCACAAAAAUAGAAACAUUAAUUAGAGUUCAAAUGAGAGUAAGAAAUGACAGAUAGGCAUAGCAUGUCCUUCUUACUAUUGUUACAUGUAAUCAAGGGGUGAUGGGCAUAUUCACAGUGGUUUAGCUGUAGUUAGUUGGCUGAUGAGUCCAUAAAUCUAAGUAGUACUCGAAGUUUGCUGCCUCUGCAUUGAAUAGCACUUAAUGGUAUGGGUGAGCUCUCUUGAAUGCAUGCACACAGUGGCACUCCCAAUCUCACAGUGCUGCAUCUGUCUACAUAAACGAUUGGAAUGCAUUUGGGCAAGACUGUGAGGCAGAACAGAAAUCAGAGAACUGAGGACAGAAGGCAAGUAGGAAGAAUCUGAGCUGUCUGAAUGGAAGGGAAAAACAACUAGGGGGAGAAAAGGAAAGGAUUAUCCAAGCUUUCGUGUAUCAUCCGAGUGUCCCUUGUAUGCAAUGGGUUUGAUCAAUAGAGGGGUCUUCUUCAAGAUCUUGGCCUUCCUCUGCUUCAUCAGAUCAUCUCAAGGAAGAAAUCAUUUUACCACAUUGGAUCUCCCUCCCCUACUGAAGGCAAGCAGUUUCUCCAGAAUACAGCAUGAGGCAUAUGACUACAUCAUUGUUGGAGGUGGCACAGCUGGAUGCCCAUUGGCAGCAACGUUGUCCCAGAAGUACAAGGUGCUCUUGCUGGAAAGAGGAGGGUCUCCUUACGGCAACCGGAACAUCUCACAUCUUGAGAACUUCCACAUUUGCUUGGCAGAUGACUCGCCAAAUUCACCAUCUCAGGGAUUUAUCUCCACUGAUGGUGUCAUCAAUGCCCGGGCAAAGGUUCUAGGUGGUGGAACUAGUGUCAAUGCUGGUUUCUACAGCCGAGCUGACCCAAGCUUUGUUCAAGACGCAGGCUGGGAUGCAGAGUUGGUAAACCAAUCAUACCCUUGGAUCGAAGAGAGGAUUGUUUAUUGGCCCAAUAUUACACCGUGGCAAGCUGCACUGCGGGACGGGCUGCUUGAAGCAGGGGUCUCACCUUACAAUGGAUACAGCUAUGAUCAUCUCUUUGGAACAAAGGUCGGGGGAACAAUCUUUGAUGAGGCUGGGUACAGGCACACUGCUGCUGACCUCCUUGCUGCUGGAAAUCAUAACAACCUCAGGGUUCUCCUUCAUGCUAGUGUGACCAGAAUAAUUUUCAACACAGAACAAGAGCACAGGAAGCCAAGGACCAUUGGUGUUGAAUUCAAGGAUGAGAAUGGGGGGCAGCAGCAUGCCUUCCUUACCCGAAACAGAGACAGCGAGAUUAUCAUCUCUGCUGGUGCAAUUGGCAGUCCCCAGCUAUUGUUGCUUAGUGGAAUUGGACCCAGAAAGGAACUUAAAAAGCAUAACAUUUCUGUAGUCCUUCGCAACGAACAUGUGGGUAAAGGGAUGUCAGAUAAUCCAAUGAAUUCCAUCUUUAUACCUACCAAGGAUGCCCCUAAGCAAUCACUGAUUCAGACUGUUGGAAUAACCGACGGCGGGGCGUUCAUAGAAGCCAGCAGUGGUUUCAGCCAGUCACCAGAUAGUAUCCAGUGCCACCAUGGAAUCAUGUCCGCUGAGAUUGGGCAGCUGUCAACGAUUCCCCCAAAGCAAAGAAAUCUAGAUGCAGUCAAGAAGUAUGUACAUAAAAAAUAUAACCUACCCAAAGAAGUAUUCAGUGGGGGUUUUAUACUUUCGAAGAUUGAUGGUCCAUUGUCUACUGGUAAUCUAGUUCUUGUGGAUACUGACAUCAAUAGCAACCCCACGGUUACCUUCAACUACUUCCAGCACCCAAAGGAUCUCAGUCGGUGUGUCUAUGGGAUCAAGACCAUAGAGAGAAUACUGAAGACAAACCAUUUCACUAAUUUUACCCUCAAUGGUGGUGGAUAUCCAAUGGAAGUGGUGCUCAACAUGAGUGUAACAGCAAACAUAAACUUGAUACCCAAGCACACAAAUGACAGCACAUCCAUGGAGCAGUUUUGCAGAGACACAGUGGUCACCAUCUGGCAUUACCAUGGCGGAUGCCAUGUGGGCAAGGUGGUUGACCAACAAUACCGUGUGAUUGGUGUCUCAGGCCUUCGUGUGAUCGAUGGGUCGACCUUAUUUAGGUCACCAGGAACCAACCCGCAAGCCACAGUCAUGAUGAUGGGCAGAUACAUGGGAGUGAAGAUUCUAAGAAGAAGAUUAGGACGAGCUGCUGGAGUAUAACUGAUUCUUGGACCUUAUUGAUUAUGUAAGAAUGUGACUUAGGAAAAGAAAAGUAUAUAGUAAUUUUUGAAGCAAUUCAAUAUCAUAUCACCACAGAAAGAAAAUUAGGAGUUUUCGUUUGUGUUCUAGAUGUGGAAAUCUAUGGCAUGUAAUAUCAUCUAUUGACACCAUUGUUUCUGCAUUAUGAACAAGUAAAUUAUAUUACAUUGUAAUUA